AUGGCCAAACAUGCGGUUCUAAGAAAUGGACACAAAUAUGGAGUUUCGGGUCUAAAGAACAUGAAGAGUGCAGAAGUGGAUCACUUGAGGCUCAGACUCUUAAAUGGUGUCGAAGUGUCCGAAAGAGCUUUGCUUUUGAAUUAUGGAAACCAAAGAAUCAAUGGCCUAAAAGUUGUGAACAAUCACUUGACUGUAAAUUCUGAGAUCAACUCCAAUACUGUUAAUGACAUUAAUAUCGGAAAUCUAUCACAAAGUCUUGUUCUCAAAGGAUAUAAUAAUUCAAUCAAUUCUUUGAAAACAUUUACUUCUCUUACCGUUAAUAAUGUGAUGGCCUUCGGAAGAGUGGAUGGCGUAGACCUCAAUGAACUCCAUUACUUCAUCGGACUUCCCAUCGAUUUACAAGACCUCAGAGUUAGGCUUCAGAAUGAAGACCAAAAGAUUGAAUCUCUGGAGAGGGCUUUGGAUCAGCAGACCUUUGAAUUAGCCUUCUAUUCGUUGUACGCAUCCAUACCUUCAGGUCCGGCACUCCUUUCGUAUCACAACUCUAUCACUGCUUCUCAACAUCUCUUCAUUUCUGGCCAACACUUGACUAAUGGCUGUCAAGAGAUUGGACAAAACCAAUACAUCCAAAGAGCAGUCAUUCACACACAGAGUGUGUCGGACAUCAAAGUAGUUGCAGAUAAUAACCCGGAACCGUGUCUUGUGAUGGCCAUACCAGUAGUGAACGGAGUGUUUGGACAGUCGAUAGUCGUGUGUCUCAACAGAAAUGCAAACUUUUAUUUGAGAGAAACGAUUCCACUCUUAGGCAGAGAUCAGUUCACAAUAAUGAGAAGCACUUCAUUCAACCGAACACUUAUGGCUUCAAUCAAGUCGUGGUCUCCGAAGGACUGGAUGUCAGACAUAACGAUCAGUGACUGGUCUUCACGUUUGUCUCAUUUCGAUCACUCCAUCCAAACCAUUCAAAUCCUCAAUCCUUUUGCCAUUCAUUUCGUUGACAUUCCGUCCGAUUCCAUGGCUUUUCUGUUUGCAUCUGAGAAGAAGACAUCCCUAACUCAUAGUCCUGUGGUCCGUAUCUUCAGAUAUAACCACAAAAGAGUUGGUCCUCUUCUGGAAGUGCAGCAAAUCAAAGACAUGGAAGUCAUUCAAAUAGAAUCUGCUCGUCAGGCUUUCAAAGAGUAG